AUGUCAUGUCAACCUCGUGGAGAAGACAUAAAACCAUGCACUACUGUUAAACGUUGCGGUUUGGAUGAAUGUUUCGCGAAAGCUCCACCUCCUCCGAAAAUUAUAUAUUUACCCGUGUCUAACAAAGGAUGUUGUAAAUGUAAACCUAAGAAAAAGUGUUUACCGAAAUGUAAACCAUGUUGUCCAAGUAAGAAAUGCUGCCCUUGUUGUUCCAAUGAACAAAAGAAAAUAUGUAAAUCAACGUGUAAGACACUUAAUUCGAAUUUUGCUUGCAAAGUGGAGACUAUGGGAUCUAAAUUGAGAAUUACAAUUUAUAAACCUUCAAAUACUACCGAUUGUAAACCUAUUUGCUCUUCGCCGCAACUAGAAGUACGUGAUUGUCGAGCUGACGCCUGUGAAUCCGAUUCAACUGUGUGCAAAUCCAAAAAGAAGAAGAAGAAGAAGAGGAAGAAGUGUUGUUGUAGUAUUUGUCAAAGUCAGAAGACGAGUCCUUAUGAAUCAACUUCAACUGUAUGCAAAUGCAAAAAACAGAAAAGGAAUACCAACGUUUCUAAAUCAAGAUGUACUUGCUUGAAACGUGUUCCAAUUUCUCACGAAUCUGCUCCGAGUAUAUGCAGAACUAAAAAGAAAAAGAGAAGUAUCCAAGUUUCCAAAUCUGCUUGUAAUUGUACCAAAAACGAUGUUUCCACUUGUGAAUCGCUAACCAAAGUUUGUAAGCCAAUAAAGAAGAAAAGAAGUAAUAUACCCGGUUCUUGCUCUGGAUAUAAGACACCUCUCAUGACUGAAGUUUUCAAAACUAUGAAUAACGCGAAAUGCCUUAAAUCUUCCUCCUCUUCUGAAAUAGGUCGAGUAGAUGUUUGUGAACCUUCAAUAUUACGAUGCCUAAAAUUGAAGAAACCACGAGAAAUUACGAAAUAUCCGAUAAAAAAAAAUAAUUUCAAAUGUAAAAACAAAUUUACCGAAGCAUCUUUGUGGACAGUGUUCCAAUAA